CGCACUGGGCCCCGGGCGCGCGGCGGCACCAGGCUUUGUGUGUGCGCGUAUGUGUGUGAGUGUGUGUCUGUGCGCGAGUGAGAGAGCGGGCGAGUGUGGCGAGCAGGACCCGGCGGGCGCGCUCCCCCAGCCUCUCUCUCUCUCCUCUCUCUCUCCCUCCCCGCCAGAACCAUGUCGGGCAGGUCGGUUCGAGCUGAGACCAGGAGCCGGGCCAAAGAUGAUAUCAAGAGGGUCAUGGCGGCUAUCGAGAAAGUGCGCAAAUGGGAGAAGAAAUGGGUGACCGUUGGCGAUACAUCCCUACGAAUCUACAAGUGGGUCCCUGUGACUGAGACAAAAGUUGACGAUAAAAACAAGAAUAAGAAGAAGGGCAAGGACGAGAAGUGCGGCUCGGAGGUGACCACUCCGGAGAACAGCUCGUCACCCGGGAUGAUGGACAUGCACGAUGAAAACAGCAACCAGAGCUCCAUAGCAGACGCCUCCCCCAUCAAGCAGGAGAACAGCAGCAACUCCAGCCCUGCCCCAGAGCCCAACGCACCUGUGCCCAGUGAGGGCACCGAAGCCAAGGCUGAUGAGGCGCAGGCCGAUGGGAAAGAGCACCCCGGAGCUGAAGAUGCCUCCGAUGAGCAAAACUCACAGUCUUCGAUGGAAAACUCAGUGAACAGCUCAGAGAAGGCGGAACGGCAGCCAUCUGCAGAGUCAGGGUUGGCAGCGGAAGCGUCGGCAAUCUCUCAGGAUUUGGAAGGAGUGCCACCGUCUAAGAAGAUGAAGCUGGAAGCCUCUCAACAGAACUCUGAAGAGAUGUAGACGCCCGUGGAACCCCUCUGGUCCAUGUUUCAUGGCAGGUACAUCAGCAGGCUUAAUUCUAGAACGCGGCCCAAGCUACUCCUCUUGGGUGCGAGCAGAACUAACGUUUCAAGUUUACUAAGUGCAAAUCCAAGAGAAACCUAGAGCGGCGGAAUCCGCAGACACUUGAUGGACGGACGCUGCUGUGAAACGGAACACUCGGACCUUCAGUGACCGUCCUUGGGGAGGUGGGUCGACAGCUCAGGAGUGUCUGCGCACCGUCUCGGAAGCCAAGAUUACAUUUGUGUUGCUGCUGUAUCCCCCGCCCCCACUUCUCUAUUUAACGAUAUAAGCUAUUCAAGGGUGGUACCAAUCAGGAAUUUGCUUUCCAUAGGGGCUUUUGGCUCUUCAACCAGUUCCUUCUGCUUUCUUUUUUUGUGCCUUGUACCCUAGAGGUGACCUCUGGCAUGCUUCCUGGUUUUUGCGUCUCUCCUGGCAAAGUGCCCACUCGUUUUGGUUGGCUGCUGCCCCCCCUCCCUUUACUGCCUCUCAUCUCCCUGUCCCAAGACUGCUUCAAAGCAAGCAGGGUAGAGCAGCGAGGAGAUCGGCACGUUUCAGUGGCUUCUGGUUCAGGUGAGCAGUGUUUGGGCACACCCUGAGCCCCAGCUUCCAGGGUCCCUGGGGCUACAAGUUCGGCCGUUUCCCAAGGGCUGGCCUUGGUUCAGGACAGGCGUCACCUUCUGAAGCCCUGGAGGCUAGGGGUUUGCAAGCCACCCUAGCCCAGAUGGACAUGCAAAAGUCUUUAGAUUUUUCCUGGCACUUCCUCCCUAUCUACCCCCAACUCUGGCCACAAUUGGCACUGCUCUCUCUCCAGGUCCUCCGAAGACGAAAUGACUGACUGAGCUUGUCUCCCUAGGAUAGUACAGGGCUGGGGAGGUUGGGAGCAGGCAGCAGGAAGAGCUGGUGCUGAACUCUCCCACAGGACGUUGCUUGGAUUUCAAAUCCAUGGAAAUCUGCUACCCUUUGUCCCUGUCUCCUCUCCCCUCCACCUCCCACCUCCCCAAAUCCCAGGCAGGGUGCUCCUGGUAUAUUCUGACUCCGAGAGGCAACAGGUGCAUGGAGUCUCAUUCCCAGUACGUACUGUUGGUCUCCACUGGGGACUGGACCUUAACCUUUGGGCCUCAAAGGCCCGAAGCAAGGCACAGAGGAACCGGGAAGAUUUGCACACACCCCAGAAAGGGGCCUCCGAGGCGGGCGCACUUUUCCCCUGCUUUCGCUUGCACCGAGAUAGCCUCCUCCCACUCAGUGGAGACACCACUUGGAUGGACUGCCCAGCUGUUGAUUUCUGAGGCCUGGUUUGCUCUUAAUCCCUUUACUGGACCCUCAGACCUUAAAAGCUUCCCUAUGCUUUCUUACUGCACUGGAGUUCGAACUCCCUAUGAGUUGUAUGUUAUGGGGGGGCGGGGUGGUUUUGGUUUUUUUUUGUUGUUCUUGUUCUUGUUUUGUUUUGUUUUGUUUGCUAAUUGGUGCAUAUUCAGGUACCACCUUUUGAUGUGUGGAUCUUUCUCCAAACCACCAUGAGAAGUGUCUGCCAGGCUCCAUUUUCUAAGAGUUUCUGAGGGGACAGCUCCCAUUUCUUUUUUUGGUUUUAAGGGAGCUGUCUAUUUCCUAUACUUCAAGAAGAAUCAAAAUGUUCCUGAAUUUUAAAUACCUCAUGCAAAAAUAUCUCCUGAAAUAAGGGAAGAAAAAAAAACUUUGAAAAUCGUAAUGUUGAAGUUAGCAAUGCUAAAAUGUUUCUGUCUUAAAAAAAAAAAUUCUUGUACUUAGCGAUUUUGCCCCUCAGGCGGUCAGUUCUGUGAAGAACUGUGUUCUGCGUCUUGGCCCGAAGCAACCAGAUGCACGACCUCAGAUGUAUCUCAAGGUCAAGGCGGCUUUACCUCCAGAUUCUAGAGUUAGGGCAACAUUUUUCUUUUGCAGCAAAACUCCGUUUUGGUGAAAGAUGAAUUUGGAUAUUUAUUUCUUUUUCUGGGAAACAAGAGGUUACAAUGUAACAAGAGGUUACAAUGUAAGCAGCUGAGGGAGAACCCAAAACGGGCAUCCACGGAGCCAGUGGGCGGCCAGGGCCGCCUGUACCUCUUCUGCCCUUGCUGCCUCUCUGGACAGUCAGGAGGAGUUGAUACAGUUGAGAAAGAAGACACCGAUGAGGCCCACGGUACCGAGGCUGUCAUUAGUUUUUCUCUGAAGUGCCUGAAGGUAGGAAUGGGCCGUCGAUGGGGGAACCAUUCGGAUGCCCCCCAACCCCGACGGCCACGCCAGGCAAAGAGCCAGCAGCCCUGCACUCCACACUGGCCAGGAAAGCCUUCCACAAGGAGCGGUCAGACUGCAAAAUCCAAUGUGCUUCCUUCCCCACCACGGA